AUGCUGCCACAGCAGCAGCAGCAGCAGCAGCAGCAGCAGCAGCAGCAAGAAACCGCAGCAGUGACACCUGAAGCUGAAGAGAUCUCAAACCCCAACAAAAGAGAAACAAUGCCAACAGUAAAUUACAGAGAAGAGAAAAUAUAUGAAGAAGAAGGAACGACGCAGCCUCAGAUUCAUCAGCAGCAGCAGCAGCAGCAGCAGCAGCAGCAGCAGCAAGCGAUGGAGGAGAUGUACAGCUCGCAUGCAAUAGCUGUGCAGGAGACAGUCCCCUCCGUUGUUGAUGCUGCUCAUGUUGCUGCAGAGCCCACAUAUACAACUGCAGCACCAACUCCUGCAGCAGCAGCACCAGCAGCAACAGAAGCAGCAGCAGCAGCGGGAGAAACAUCACUAGCACGCCCACGCUCACCCGAGCAGAUAAAAAUAGAAGCAGGAGUUGCUGCUGUUGCUGCAGCAGCAAGAGAAGCUGCUGCACCCACUGUUGCUGCUGACCCCUCCAUACAAUACUUCGAUAUACCCCAGGAGAAAGCAGCAGCAGCAGCAGCAGCAGCAGCGGGAGAAACAGCAGCAGCAGCAGGAACAGCUGCAACAGCAGCAGCACCAGUAGAAACAGCAGCAGCACCCGUAGAAACAGCAGCAGCAGCAGCAGGCAGUAGCAACAGCAGCAGCAGCAGUAGAAACAGCAAAAACAAACAAGAAGAACAAGAACAAGAAGAAGAAGAAGAUGAAUACUACGAUGACGACGAUGAAUAUGAAUACGACCAAGACGAAGAAGAUGAAUAUGAUGAUGAAGAUGAAUAUGAUGAUGAGUAUGAUGAUGAGUAUGAUGAUGAAGAAGAUGAAGAGUAUGAAGAUGAAGACGAUGAGGAGGAGUAUGGUGAGGGAGAAGAGGGAGAGGGAGAAGGAGAGAGAGAGGGAGAGAGAGAAGAGGGAGAGAGAGAAGAAUAUAAACAACCAGAAAUACACAAAGAAGAUAAUGUGCAACAGCAGCAGCAGCAGCAGCAACAGCAGCCAGAACUGCAACAGCAGCACCAGGAGCAGCAGCAGCCGCAACAGCAACAACAGCAGCAGCAGCUGCAACAGGAGCAGCAGCAGCCGCAACAGCAGCAGCAGCCGCAGCAGGGUCAACAGCAGCAGCCACAGCAGCAGCAGGGUCAGCAGCAGCAGCCACAGCAGCAGCCGCAGCAGCAACCGCAACAGCAGGGUCAGCAGGAACAGCAGCAGGGUCAGGAGCAGCAGGGUCAGGAGCAGCAGCCGCAGCAGCAGCAGGGUCAGCAGGAGCAGCAGCAGCACGGUCAGCAGCAGCUGCAGCAGCGGCAGCAGCAGCAGCAGCAGCAGCAGCCGCAGUCGCAGUCGCAGGGUCAGCAGGAGCAGCCGCAGCAGCAGCAGCAGCAGCACAAGCAGCAACAUGAGCCGCUGCAGCAGGGUCAGCAGCAGGUGCAGCAGGAGCCCCAGCAGCAAGAACACCAGAAUGAUCAGCAGCAGCAACAGCAGCAGCAGCAGCCGGAGCAGCAGCAGCCGGAGCAGCAGCAGCCGGAGCAGCAGCAGCAGCAGCAGGAGCAGCAGCAACAGCAGCAGCAGCAGGAGCAGCAGCAGCAGGACGAUGAGGAUGAUGAUGAAGAAGAUGAUGAAGACGAUGAUGAAUACGAUGACGAUGCAGCAGCAGCAGCAGCAGCAGCAGCAGCAUAUCGUUAUAAAGAAGAAGAAGAAGAGCUGUUUGUGGGUACUGCAUAUGAGCUGCCUAUACAGCUGAGACCGAGAGAAGGGGGGGGGGACCCAGGCUACUUAAAAUUAAUGAUAGAUGAACAGAGGUUCAAUGAUAUUAUGAAUGCAACCAGAUACAGCAGCAGCAGCAGCAGCAGCAGCAGCAGCAGCAGCAGCAGCAGGAGCAGCAGCAGCAGCAGGAGAAGAAAGAAGAAAGAAGAAGCAGAAUGGUGGCCGCAGGCGAAAAAAAAUAAAGUUUUUGUGAUACAGCAGCAGCAGCAGCAGCAGCAGCAGCAGCAGCAGCAGCAGCAGGAGCAGCAGCGGGAGAGGGAGAAGGAAGAAGAAAGAAGAAGCAGAAUGGUGGCCUCAAGCGAAAAAAAAUAA